AUGAUGGCACUGGGGCCGCCACCCACCUCUGAGGAGAGCGCCGAGGACUUACCAGAACCUACGGUGCUGACUCGACCUCUGGACUCGACGAACUUCGGCUACUAUUCUGUUUCUGCACAUACGGAUAUCGGGGACAGGAAGACACAGGAAGACCGUUUCGUAAUUGCGCCCAAUCUGGGAACACCUAGUAAUCAAGUUGCCUUUUUUGGUAUCUUUGACGGGACUGUUGGUCACCUUGCUUCCGAGACCAUCCAUAAGAUCAUUGUGCGACACUUGGUAUCUACCGCUGUCUGGUCUGUUCUCUUGAGUGAACUAGAACGGGACCGUGACGAUGGAUCGACCAUCCCAGCGCUGGCGGUGUUGUCACUGUCUCAAGCUUACACCAAUGCGGACGAGGAAUUAUUGGGGAUUUGCCACCAAGAGAACAAUGACUACUCAUCUUGCACAAGUGUUACGGUGUUAGUCAUAAAGAAUUACACCGUGGUCGCCCACCUGGGCGAUAGUCGCGCUGCCCUAUGUUACCAAGACACUGGGAAACUCUACGCUCGCUUUAUCACCAAGGACCACAAGCCUGACAUGCCAGCUGAAAGAUGCCGAAUCCUGGCAUCAGGUGGCUCAGUGCAAUUCCUUUCAAGUCAUAACAACAAGCCAUUUCUUAGAGGCGGCGACUUCCUCGAAAGAAAAUCCAAGGGAGAUCAACCAAUGCAGAUUCAGUACUCGCGAGCUUUCGGGGGUAAAGACCUCAAGAUAUAUGGGUUGAGCUCGGAGCCGGACAUAAGCGUGAUCCGACGCGGUGACCAUCACAGGGCGAUCGUCUUGGGAACUGAUGGUCUUUGGGAUACAUGUGAUUGUAACCAUGUAUUCAGCGCAGUCUUUCAAGCACGGUCAAAUGGCGUGAACCCUAGUCGCCAUCUUGUUGAUUCUGCACUAAAAACAAACAGGAGGGCUUUACACCGAUCUGACAACAUAACGGCUAUCGUUGUAUUCUUCGAAUAA